AUGCAGACGAUACUUGGGGCAAACGGACAAAUAGCUGAAGAAUUAGCAAGGGAACUGCAUAGAAAUUAUACGACUGACAUCAGGUUGGUAAGCAGAAAUCCUAAGAAAGUGAAUGACACCGACCAACUCUUCCCUGCAAACUUACUAGACCUACAAGCUACGGAAGAAGCGGUUGCAGGUAGCGAGAUAGCUUACUUGACUGUAGGUUUACCAAUGGACUCUCAACUGUGGAUAGAACAAUUUCCAACUAUGAUGAAAAACGUAAUUGAAGCCUGUAAGAAAAAUAAAUGCAAGUUGGUGUUUUUUGACAAUACCUAUAUGUAUGCUAAAACUAGUGAACCGCAAACGGAAGAAAGUCCGUUUGUGCCUGCUGGACAAAAAUCAACCGUGAGGGCAAAAAUGGCAACAAUGUUACUAGACGAAAUAAAGAAUAAAAGCAUUGAAGCGGUUAUUUGCAGAGCACCCGAGUUUUAUGGCACAGGAAAAACACAAAGCAUAACCAACACGUUGAUUUUUGACAAUAUCAAACAGGGCAAAAAGCUGAAAGUUCCACUCAACGACAAUACAAAACGAACCUUAAUUUUUACCCCUGAUGCAAGUCGUGCGAUGGCGCUAAUCGGUAAUACACCCGAUGCGUUCGACCAAACGUGGCACCUGCCUUGUGAUGACAACAGGCUUACCUACAAAGAAUUGAUAGAUCUUGCUUCAGAAAUUUCCCAAAAAGAGUACAGUUAUUCCGUUAUAAAGAUGUUCUUUUUUAGAUUAGCCAGUUUCUUCAGCAAGCAAGCAAAAGAGUUGCAGGAACUCCUACCGCGAUACAAUGCAGAUAACAUUUUUGUUUCCGAUAAAUUUAAGCAAAGAUUUCCCGAAUUUAAAGUUACAACUUUUCCGGAAGGCAUUACUAAUAUUUUGAACGAACAAAAAAACGAACAAGAACUAUGA